GUUAGAUUUACGCCCCACAUUUUUUCAGCACGUCUUUGGUAAAUCGCUGUAGUGACGCUGGGCGCAGGAGAAUGAGGCCUUUCCAGUAAAAAGAAACCGAUACAAACCAUUACGUCGGAACCCGGUUACGUUUUUAAACUCACAGGAUAUCGUUUUCAACCUAACGGCUUUCAUUUACCCAUACCUGGCAAAGUAUCUUUUCGGCGUCUUGUUUAGUUACUAGCUAUCUUCAAAAUGCCGAGAGGCGGAAAGAAAGGACACAAGGGUCGAGGGAAGCAGUUCAGCAACCCGGAGGAAAUUGAUCGGCAGAUGCGUGCCCAAAGGGAAAAGGAGGCCAACGGGGGAGCAGAACCAGAGAGCUCUGCAGACUCUGAUGAAGAGAGCAGUGAUGAAGACUAUGAUCAGCCAAAGAAGAAAGGAGUGGAGGGUUUGAUCGAGAUUGAGAAUCCCAAUCGCGUAUCCCAUAAAAACAAGAAGGUGGCUGAACUGGAAACGAGCGCCCCGAAAGAACUCUCACGGCGGGAGAGGGAGGAGAUUGAGAAGCAGAGGGCGAAGGAGCGCUACAUGAAGCUGCACCUGGAGGGGAAGACGGAGCAGGCGAGGGCCGACCUCGCCCGGCUGGCCAUCAUCAAGAAGCAGAGGGAGGAUGCGGCCAGGAAGAGGGACGAGCUCAGGAAAGAGAAAGAUGCAGAAGAAGCCAAGUCAAAGCGUUAGCGCCACGCUCCCUCGUGAUGUGGGGGGUGUGAGUUCUGGGGAGGGGGUGGGGAGGGGUACGGGGGGAGAUAGCUCAGGGGUGCCUGUUGGUUCCCUGCCUCCAGUCUGCUAUGGUGAGAGGAGGGGAGGAAGACGGGCGUGAGGAGAAGCCAGGACGUGGGGGAAGUGGGUGGUGGGGUCAGAGUCCAGGGCUCUUAAGGGAAACACGGCAAACACCCUUCCACUUUUCCCCCCCUCUCUCAGCGCUUCUCCGUUCUCUUAUUGCUGCUGCAGUCAUUCCUGAUUUUUACAUUUUAAACACAGUUUGCCGUGGAGUGGUGGGGAGGGCCUGGCCUCUGAGUCUGGCCCAGAGUUGUGACGCAAAACCAGGACCCGGGGUUAUGGAACACGGACUAGCCACUACACUUGCUACUUUUCUGUCCUUCACACAUUCUCUCUUCUCUACUUGGGGCUGCGGGGAGAAUUUGCACGCACACGCAUCAUUUCAGGACGCCAUUGAAACGCGACUAACUUUUGGUUCUGGGGUUUUAUCAGCACUUACAUAGUCAGUGCGCAUGGGAGACCCAGCGAGGGAGCAGGGCACUUCUCCACAUUAAACUCCUCAUUUGGCUGCUUCUCCCCUCUGCGCUUUGCGUAUGGGUUUGCCCUGGUUGAUGGACGAGGUCCUAAGGAGCCCCUCACGUUUUCCUUGGCAUUUCCACAGCGUCCCCAUCAGGUUCAUGUCUUGAGGCUUUUUUGCCUGGUGCAGAACACCAGUCCAGUAUUGUCUAGAGGCUGAGCCAGCUGUCCAUAUGAACCAGUGGGUAGGAGCGGUUAUUGUGCAGUCAUGUAGAGACUCGGUGUGUUUGACAACUCUCUGUGAUGCUUCACUUCUGUGAUAUCAGCGUCGUAGUACAGGAUAUUUAGUUUUCCAACUGUUUCACUUUUUGGGUGUCAUUUCCAUGUACAAAAAAAAGUACUGAUUUUAUGCUGCUCUUGAGCAGAUUGCAGGACCAAUUCGCUGUCGGUCUCUCUGGUGGUCACAAGCUUGCUGGUGUGCUGUUUGGUGGGAAAGGCGAGGAAAGCAGUGUUGUCUUGUAAAAGUGUAGUUGCGUUGCUUAACGGACUCUCCAGGAUUGAAAGAUGUUUUUACAAUAAGGGGAAAAUAUGACUGUCUUCAUUUAGACUUUUCAACUCAUUUGAUUUGUUAAACAAUAAAUAAAUAAAUAAAUAAAUGAAUAACCUUA